AUGCGUGAACUACGUCGUUUAAUUACAACCGGUUUUAACAACAUCAAUACUCGUUUUAACGACGUCAAUACCCGUUUUAACGACGUCAAUACCCGUUUUGACGGCAUUGAUGCUAGCCUUAACGGCCUUAAUCAACGUUUUACGGGUGUUAAUGAACGGUUGGACAUUCUCGGUCAACGUGUUGAUACUUAUCGUGAGGGCCUCAAUCUGCGUUGUGAUGUUAUGACUGCACGCUUAAAUAACAUUGACGCUCGAUGUCAGUGUGGGGUGGACCAGCCGGUGAUUAAUGCUAAUUUGGUGUGUAAUGAGAAUUUGUCCAAUACUCAAUCAAGUGCAUCUUCAACUCCGCCUUCAAAUUUCCGACUUGACUAUGGUGGUGAAGGGCGAGGUGUACGUAUUUUGCCAUUUCAAGUUUCCUGCCAUUCCAAAAAAUCAAAAUGCUGCAGUGCUGCAAAAACUAAGGUGCAAUUCAUCGAAGAGUUGGCUGAGCGAAUUUUGUUUUAUGGUGGUGUUUUGGAUAAAUCUCUUGGCGAAAUGCCGUUGGAUGAAUAUUUUGCGAAAGCUUUGGUUAUUAAGAAUUCUUGCAUUGGUUGGAAGCUUGUUGGUGUGGUUGACAUUCCCUCCAAAAAAUUGCCAGCCCAAGUUUUUUAUUUUGAUGCUGAGGGUGUUCGAAAGUUGAUUGAGCAGUGUGAUAAGAUUACUCCAAUUGGCCGCUUAGAUGUUGGAAAGUUGGGGAAACAGGCACGUCUACAGUUGACUGGAACUCCUCCUUUGCGUUCUAAUUUGGUUUCUGUUUUGGAUUCUCAAACGAAACGUGUGGCUAUAUUGGACUUGUCAGCAGUCUGUUCAGGAAGCUCUCAACAGAAACAACAAAAUCGUUAUAUGCUUGUUUGCUUCGAUGGCGAUUUGGAUAGUCAAAAUAUUAAGGAUUUGGAUGAUUUAUUGACAAACGUUGGGGCUAAUUUUAUGAACUUGAUGGAAGCCGGGGCUGAUGCUAUUAUGCCAGCUUUGGAUUUUGACCAGAAGAGGAAAUAA